AUGCAAGCUGCAUAUUCAACCAUUCUGAUACUUGUUCAAUUAAUUGCCAUCUGCCAAUAUGUUUUAUUGAAUUGUGGAAAAAAGAAGGAAAAAGGACCGCCGAAAUCGAAUGAAUCGAUGAAAGUAAAAUCGGCAAUGAGAGAACCGACUGCAUCAGCAACUGGAAAUGAGACGAAUACACCGUCGAAAUCAAAUAAUGAUAUGAGCAAGGAAAAUGCGAAGAAAGAGGAGAAACGUAAGGUUUUUUGAAGGGAUUACUGUAGUUUUAUAGGUUUAUGACUGGAAAAUUAGAUAAUUUCUACGCUCUUAGAGCUUCCUUCCAAAAUUAAAUUUCCUGAAAAAAAUCUGGCUUUACUACAGUAACCUUUGAGAGUUCAUAUGUUACUGUAGUUUCCAGGAUCUCCAAAUGUGUCUAAUAAGAUUCUGGGUUACUGUAAAUAGUUUAUUGGUUUUGAAACAGUGAAAGUUCAGUUUUUGAGUUCCUAGAAAAAUUUAGCAAAUAUUUUCGAAUAUUUUGUUUUCCAGAAGAGGGUGAAGAAAAGAAGAAAGACGAAGAUAAAGCGGCUCAAUCGAUGAAACCAUUUCCUAAAUUUGUGGUGAAUAUUUCUUUCCUCCUUCUAUUCCCCUAAAAUCCACUUUAUUUUCAGAUGCCUACUGAAAGCACUAAAAAGAAGCGAGAAAAACAACAAGAAGAGGAUAAACAAAAGAAAAUCAAGGCUGGAUUUUAUCAAGAAAACUCGGGAGAAGAUGAUACUUUGGAAAAGGUUAAAAGUCUUGAAGUUGAGAAAUCUGAUAAGACAAAAAGAUCGACGAAAAAGAAGAAAUAA